UUUCAUCGUCCUCUCACCAUUUAGCCACCUACAGGCAGCUGACCGCGGGGACAACACGACACUGCAGCCGGGAAGCGAAUGAGCAUCAUGGGGAGGCGUUAACGACAGAAUCCGCCUGUCCCGGUUCACGGUGACGGUGCUGUUUCUCUCUCGGUGCGUCAGUCCGUUCAUUUGUCUUUGAAGCAGCUCCGUCUGGAUCCGUGAGGCAUCUGCUGGUCGAGACAUGAGCGGAAGACUCGGGGACCUCAGUCCUAAACAGGCUGAGGCGCUGGAGCAGUUUCGAGAGAGGAUACAAGACAUUCUUCCUCAACUUCCUGCACAGCAUGACCACUUCCUGUUACGUUGGCUCAGGGCCAGAAACUUCAAUGUGCAGAAGUCAGAGGCCAUGCUGCGAAAGCAUUUGGAGUUUAGGAAACAGAUGAAAGUAGACACAAUACUCAGCGACUGGCGUCCACCAGAGGUGAUAGAAAAGUAUCUGUCAGGAGGGAUGUGUGGUCACGACCGCGAGGGCAGUCCCAUCUGGUAUGACGUCAUCGGACCUGUAGAUCCUAAAGGCCUCUUCCUGUCUGCCUCUAAACAAGACUUCAUCAAGUCCAAGAUCAGAGACUGUGAGAUGCUGCAGAAGGACUGUGACCUCCAAUCGCAGAGGCUUGGGAGGAACAUAGAGUCAAUCACCAUGAUCUACGACGUAGAAGGUUUGGGCCUGAAGCACUUAUGGAAGCCUGCGAUAGAAACAUAUGGAGAGAUCCUCCAAAUGUUUGAAGACAACUACCCAGAAGGCCUAAAAAGGCUGUUUGUCAUUAAAGCACCCAAACUCUUUCCUGUGGCCUACAACCUCGUCAAGCACUUCCUGAGCGAGAACACAAGACAAAAGAUCCACGUCCUUGGGGCUAACUGGCAGGAGGUGUUACUGAAGUACAUUGAUGCAGAGGAGCUGCCAGCGAUAUACGGGGGGAAACUGACAGAUCCUGAUGGAGAUCCUCGCUGUCGGACCAGGAUAAACCACGUUGGCCCUGUUCCCCCCUCCUACUACGUGCGGGACCAUGUGAAGGUGGACUAUGAGCAGUGUAUGACCGUCAGCAGAGGUUCCACCCAACAGCUGGACUAUGAGAUCCUGUUUCCGGGCUGCGUUCUCAGGUGGCAGUUUGCUACUGAGAGUGCAGACAUUGGUUUCGGGGUGUUUCUGAAGGCUAAAAAGGGCGAGUGGAAGAAGGCGGCUCAGAUGACAGAAGUCGUACCCAGCCAGCGCUACAACGCCCACUUAGUUCCUGAGGAUGGGUCACUGACCUGUGAACGCCCGGGAGUCUACGUUCUGAGAUUUGACAACACUUACAGCAUGUUCCAGGCCAAAAGAGUCAGCUUCAGCGUGGAGGUCCUGCUCCCGGACCGCUUACAGUCCCCACAGACCAACGGAGAGUCCAAGAACCAUGUACAAGCUGAGGGCGACAGCCAGUCAUAACCAGGAGGAUGACACAAUGUGCCACUUCCAUGUUGUCAGAUCAGUAAAUGUUUAGCCGCUACGAGUAAGCACAGCCUGAGAGACUUGAGUUAAACAGGAACAUGCUGCCAACACACAACAAGUAUUUAACCCAUGUUUGACCCUUUAAUCACCUGUAAUGACGAUCUGAUUCACCUGUGGUCUAUUUGGAAACAUUUAUGGAACAAGGAGGGGCACACGUGAUGUGGCCAAAAAUAUGUGGACACACCAAAACACAUCAGUUGGAGCUGCGUUUCUCUCCUGCUCUUGUAGCAGAGCGUACUCUGGGAACAGAUGGAGCAGCAGAGCAUCAAGCGCAGUGAAAGUUAAACCCAACUGUUAACACUUAAUUCAUAUAGUUUGUGUUUUUCAUUUUUCCAAACUACUUCAGAUGAAACUGGCUGCGUUCCCAAAGAAACCACACACCUCACAGUACAGCACUUUGACUCGCCUCUGCAGCAGCUGCUCCUCUAAUCCAUCAAUCUGACUCAACAACUUAAACCCCCUCUUGCCGUCAGCUGCUGCCACACGUAGAAUCUAUUCCUGUAGGAAACACUGGGAAAGUUAAAAAUUAAAAAUGUUACCCAAAAUGGUGAAUAAGAGGAGGAACACAUAAUAUGGCCAAAAGUAUGUGGACACUCCUUUACACAUAAUUCUGUGCAUUUUUGGUCUGGUUUGUCACUGUUUGGGCUACACCACUCAGUUAUUCAUUCAUUCAUUUUCCAGAACCGCUUAUCCUGUUAGGGGUCAUGGGGACUGGAGCCUAUCCCAGCUGAC